AAGAGAAAUACCCAAUUCCUACCGUAUAAGCUCCUCGAAAACUUCCAUGUCUUUAAUAGCCACUAAUUAUUCAUUUUAUUAGUCUUUGUCACCAUGUCAGACAGCUCGGUCUCCGCGCCGCCUAGUACGGUCUCUAGACCUGUGAGCGAGGCACUUUUGAACGAGAAGUGGGACCGUUGCAUUUCCAACAUGCUCAUCAAGUCGUCACUCGGCCUCGGAUUCGGUAUCGUCUUCUCAGUUCUCUUAUUCCGACGAAGAGCGUGGCCCGCAUUCGUGGGAGUGGGUUUCGGCGCCGGUAGGGCCUACGAGGAGUGCAACUGGAGCUUGAAACAGGCAUCUCAAGAAUUAAAGAGAAGGGCAUGAAGGGAAGCUAGAGCGUAGCUUUAGAGGGGAUCAUCUCGACAAAAAGAAAAAACACAUUCGCGAGCAUUACUAUCUAUACCUGUACAACAGAAACAGCACCGAUAGAGACGGCCUGACCAUGCUGAGACGGGCGUAAUUGGAACGAGUUAUAUUCACACAAAAAACUUACUUUGUUACGCAGUGAUAUAGCAGUGGGGUAAACAUAAGUUUCUGGGACGCUCUGUACCUAUAUCAAACGCUUUAGGGGGGACGUAUAUAAUGAAUGAUUAGAAACCCUGGAAGGCCGUAAGAGCUCUAUUCUUCAACCAA